AAAUGACCAAGGCCCUAAAUCCCUAGUACACGCCUCCCUCCAGAGAUAGCUUGAGCAACGAAUUGAUUCCUGCCUGGUAUAAGGUGGAAAAAUCAAACGUUGUAUUUGAGCUAAGUGGUGUUAGCAAAGUUGCCAUAACCAGCGACGGCUGGACAAGCAUUUCUCAAGACCAUUACCUUACAGUGACAGCUCACUACAUCAUUGAGGGAAAGAUGAGACAAAAAGUGCUCAGAACAAAAGCCAUCUACACAGCCCAAACAGGACAAGUGGUGGCUGAAGAAAUUGGAGAAAUUCUGCAAGAAUUUGGCAUUAUGAAUAAAAUAGCGGCUGUCACUGUUGAUAAUGCAGCGAACAUGGAUGUGGCCAUCAAAAGGCUAAAUUUCAUAAAGCUAGGCUGUUUUGCACACACACUUAAUCUUGGGGCACAAAGUGUCUAUUCUCUGGCAUCGGUGACAAAAUGGACAGCAAAGAUCAGGGGUGUUGUCGUCUGGAUGAAGCGUUCAUCCAUGGGAAAGACUGUGCUCCGGGAAAAGCAACAACUCCUAAAUCUGCCAAAACACUCUCUAAUUCUUGAUGUGAGAACUCGUUGGAAUUCCCUCUACAUGAUGUUGGAACGAUUCAUUGAGCAAUAUCCUGCCAUUCAAGCAGCCAGCCUCGAUCAGCGUCUGAGAAAGCCAAUGGAGAGGGACCGACUUGCUCGACUGACAGAGGAUGAUUUUAGAAGGGCAGAGGAAUUCAUCCAUCUGAUGAAAGUGUUAUACACAUCCACACUCUGUGUUUCCUCUGAAAAGAGCCCCACUUGCGGUCAGAUCCUUCCAAUUCUACGAAAGCUUGAGAAGCAUUUCAGUGUUGAAGAGGGAGACACAGUGUUGGGGUCCAGCCUGAAGCAGGCUGUCUGGGGAAACCUUUCUAAGCGGUACCAAACUGAUGGCAUCAGAACUGUAAACUGUAAAGUCCACUGA